AUGAUCUUAACCGUUUAUUACAUGUACGCCACUGUGGUUCAAUGGUGGAGGUUGUCGGCGUUGAGGAACAAAUUGAACGGCACGUUAAAUUCCAAAAAUGCACUUCUGCUCUGCGACGAAACUGUCGUACACGAAUCCAAGAAGAACAGGAGCUUUGAAACUCUGCUGUUUAGAGAGGAAGAACGUAUCGGAUGCACCAUCGUACCUAAACAAAAAAUUAACCUGUCCCAAUGGCUGACAUUCCCCAAGGAUUACAAAUAUUUUCCUAUUUACAUUAGAAUCAAACCCGUUAAGAUAAACUCCCCGAAUAUGUACGUUUUGGUACAAGCUAUGCUCGAAACGUACGUUAAACAUUCCGCUGCCAUUUUACAGGUUGAGAAUUUUGGUGAAUUGAUCGCUUGGAGAGCCUCCGAUACAUUCGAAGCCGUUUUAAAGACUGACAUCGACAAACUAACGAGGCUGGUCCAUCGUUUCUCGAAUACUACUAUAGAUAUUAAUCACGAAUUGAAGCUGCUUAAAAUUGAAACCGUUGAUGUUGAAGGAUACCCUACUAAAAUUAAAUACGACAGAAGGUUUUCGCAAAACAGCCUGCUGAAGUACUCGUAUAAUCCUUUGCAAUGGAAGAAAUUCGCCGAUAGUUUAAGGGAAAUUUAUUCAAAAAUUAGGGAUACAAAAAACCCGAAAAUAACCAUCGAAAACGGGAAAAUCGACGAAUCGAAGAAGGUGCCCGUCAGCGAAGUGAAACCGAUAAAGAAGAACGGCAAGAAAGCGGAGGAUAAAAACACGUUAGAGGUAGGAAGCGGAGACCACAGAAGGCACAAAUCCGGCGAACAUCGCAGAGAAAAGAGCGCCGAUAAACACAAAACCGACGGCGCCAAAGCCGAAAACAAGGCGAAGGACGAAAUCAAAUACAAAAAAAUCGACGAUAAACCCAAAGCCAAAGACGACGUCAAACUCGAGGCGGAAACAGAUGACGUUAAGAAAGCGAAAACGAAGGAAAAAUUAAAAUCCGAGAAACCCAAAACCGAGGAGAAGCCCGCCAAAUCUACCAAAAAGGACGAGACGAAGGAAAAGCAUAAGAGAAAAGAGGAGAAACAAGAAUCGUCGAAGAAGACAAUGUCGAAACGAACCACUAGUUCGGAGAAGAAGCUCGUCAAAACCCCAGCCCUAUGCGAGGACGAUGUGGAUUCGAAAUACGCCAAAUCAAUCGCCAAUGGAUCAGCGAAAGCUGUCAAACCACCAAAUAUUUUAAUAUACGCCGAAAGUUUAUUAGCCAAAGAGAACGUCAAAACCGCAUUCAUCAAUAUGCUCAACAAGGACAAAUAUACUAUUUACGAUCUCCCAACCGACCCCAAAGUAUCGAUGUGGAACGAUUCGACUGUAUUGGUCGUAGUUUGCGGAAACGUACCGCCGAAUUUGACCUCCAAUUUGCUGCAGUACUUACUUACCGGCGGCCAGUUGUUGUGCCUUUGCAGCGAUUUUCUCUACAGCGUACUCCAUACAUUUACUACAGCCGAGGUGAGAGAACACGAACUGGUUAGAUUCAGUUACGGCAAAUGGCACCAGGUGAAGAUGAUGCACCACAUAUUUUGCUAUCAGGCGUCGCCGACCAAAAAGCAAUUUUCCAAAGAGUCUGACAAUUCGAACCAAAGUAGUACAAGUUCGAGUCCGGUGGCGCCGAGAACUCCAUCUGUCGUGGAAAUCCAGCACGCCGGAAAGGAUUACACUAUACAAGUUCAAAUCCUCGGCACCGAAGAAACCUGGCAAACGCCUAGUUUGCUUCUGGCCACUGUCAAAGGCGGUAGUGGCAGGGCCAUUUUCUCACAAGUCCAUUUGGAAAUCAAUCCGAAUCAAUUCGAAGACGACGAGAACAAGUUCGAGGCACUGAAAGGCAGCGAUCAAGCUCGAAUGGAUAUCCUCAAGGAUAUCUUGGUGAACCAUUUGGACAUAGAUUGUUCGUGUAGUAAGGAGAUCGAGUACACUCCCGGUUAUUUCUUGGGCAGGCACGAUCUCAAGCUUAAGUUGUUUUCCGAAUGCGAUGACGUCAAGGAUAAGAAACUCGAAUGUAAAAAAGUCGCAGUGAAAUUUUGCGGAAAAGACGAACAAUCUGAACGGCCUUCCGUCGAUUUUAUGCCGGUUUAUAUACAUUCGUGCCCUUCCAAUUUCUCCACUGUUAAUUAUUUUGAGACUUUAGCAACUGAACAUAUCGGUAGAUUAGUAAUAUACGCAGAUGUUAUGGUUAGUUCACAAUUGUUAUUAGAUAAACCUCUUUCUCACGGAAUCGCCAUAAUACCUAGACAACAAACGGGAGGUGUCGGCAGGUCCAAUAACACGUGGAUAAGCCCGGUCGGAAGUGCUCUCUUUUCCAUACAAAUUCACGUUGCCAUGGAUUCCCCCUUGGGAAAAGCUUUGUCUUUGAUACAACAUAUUACUAUGGUAGCUGUUAUAUCGGCGAUAAAAUCGCACAGAGGAUGCCAGGAUCUAGAUGUAGGAAUAAAGUGGCCCAAUGACUUGUACGCCAAUAAACAAGUUAAAAUAGGUGGAUUAAUUGUGACAUCUUCUGUAAUGGACAAAACAGCCGUAGUUAACAUCGGUGUUGGCGUAAAUUUGGAUAAUUCCGAUCCCACUACGUCCAUAAACGAGUUGAUUAGAAAAUCGAAUGAAACGAAAUGUACAAACAUGAAGCAGAUUGCGUACGAGGUGUAUUUUGCCAGCGUGUUCAACGAAUUCGAAAAGAUUUACAAUGUCGUCCAGACGGGAAAUGUAGAUUACUUCUUUGAUUUGUACUAUAAAUAUUGGCUACACAACGGUACGGACGUAACUGUAACAUUAGGUCAAGAAAAAUCCGAAGUUAUGAAAAUAAUAGGUAUAGACGAUUUCGGGUUUUUGAGAGUCAGAUCUGGCAACGGUGAAAUACACACUUUAAAUCCAGACGGAAACACCUUCGAUAUGUUAAAAGGCCUUAUAUCUCGUAAAAUUUUUUAA